CUCUCAUUGACUCAGUCCGUCUCUGAAUCUCGUUAUAACGAUACGCUGUGUGCCGCUUUUGUACAGCAUUUAAAUCUGUAAAUAAUUGACAAUAUCCUUGUAUUUUUAUUAAUUUCAUGUUGUCGACGUGAUGUUGAAUCAUAAUCGCGUUUAAGUUCGUUUUAGCAUUAAAAUUAAAAGACAACAGAUAAUAUAUAUUUUAUUUGUGUGCAUAACUAAGGUCAGCAGGUGCUAAAACAUGCUCAAGUUAUUUGCUGCGGUCCUACUAAUUGCGGCGACUGUAAACAGUCAAUGCUUUUAUAAAGAUGAUUCUUCAAAGAAACUAGAUCCAGCCGCACGAACUUCUUUGUACAGAGGGCAGAUGGAGUUUACACUGAACCUAUUCAAUGAGAUUAAUAAGCAAGUUCCGGAAGAUAAUAUCUUCUUUUCCCCAUUCUCGGUGUAUCACACGUUGCUCCUGGCUUACUUCUCCGCCGGUGGUCACACCGAGGAUGCGUUGAAACAAUCUUUACAGUUAGAUGAACACCUGGAUAAGAUAAACUUGAUGACAGCUUACAAAAUAGACAAGCGGUCCCGGUUAACUAAUAACAACAGCGAUAGCUACGAGUUCAUAAGUGCCAACAAAUUAUACCUUGACGACCAACUCGAAGUACGCCAAUGUCUAUUUGAUCUAUUUGGAGAAGAAUUGGAGAAACUUAAUUUCCAUGAAAAUCCUGUUGUAUCGCGUGAUUACAUCAAUGAGUGGGUUUCUCGUGUUACCAAGAACAACAUCAAUGACUUAUUGCCAGUAGAUGGUAUAACAGAAAACACUAAGUUGGUGUUAGCGAAUGCGGCAUAUUUCAAAGGCGUUUGGGCAUCCAAGUUUCCCGCUGAACGGACCAAGAAGGAAGCUUUCUUUGUAUCUGAGACUCGUCAAACUCUAGUACCGUUCAUGAAACAGAAGGGUACUUUCCAUUAUUCGGUGAGCGAUGAUCUUGGUGCCCAGAUAUUAGAACUUCCAUACAAAGGAAAUGACAUCAGCAUGUACAUAUUACUUCCUCCUUACUCUAUGAAAGAAGGUGUGACAAAUAUAAUUGCGAACUUAACUCUUGAACGUUUGGCUGCUGUUGUUGAAGAGAGCUACAUGGGACGCGAAGUUAUUGUUGAGAUACCCAAAUUCACAAUGGAAAGAACCCUCCCACUACGAGAUGUUUUAGAAGGUUUGGGCGUGGGUGAUGUUUUCAACUCGAGUGCCGACUUUAGCACGUUAACAGAACAGAAGGGAAUUCUUUUUGACGACGCUGUGCAUAAAUCAAAAAUCCAACUUGAUGAAGAAGGUACCGUAGCUGCAGCGGCAACAGCCUUGUUUGGUUUCCGCUCUUCGCGGCCGCUCGAACCAACACGCUUUGUCGCCAACUUCCCCUUCGUUUACGUGAUUUACGAGCGUCCCACCAACUCUAUUCUCUUCAUGGGUGUUUACAGAGAUCCUAAAAAAUAGAUUCCUUCACUCGACAUAAUAUGACUUUCACACCUACAGAGGUUUAUAAUGGUGGAAUUGUUUUAAUGGUGAUCAAGUCCGUCCAAAAGUCCGGUCCGUUUGUAGCGGAAUAGAAGCUAAAAUAUAUUUUAUUAAUGUUUUUAAUAUAAACUGAUUUUGGUUGAGCAUAAAAAAACAAGUCGAGUGUUUAACUUAUGUUGAACAAGUUAUUUGUCAUAUUUAAUAUGUUUGGUUAAAACUUAAUCACAUGUUAAUUUUAUACUAUGUAAAUUCUCUUACUUGUAUGGACAUACCUAAGCAAUAUUACGUUGCAUGAAGUUGAGGCUUUCAUUAGUCCAAAUGUAAAAAAAGUCUCGUCUGUAUAGUAUGAAUUUGAAUAAUUACAUUUAUAAAUUGGUGCUUUUGAUAGUGUACACGUAAUGUGGUGUAAUAGAGUGAUUAUUAUUUUACUUUAGAUAAAGAAAAUGUUCAUAAUAAGAGACUUCUAUAAUUGCUUUCUAUUUAUUCUUUAUGUAUUAUAGAUAUAAUUUGUAAUUCCUUAAAUAUAUGAAAUGAUCCUGUUGAUCUGCUUAUAACUUAAAUAUGUAGCCUGGAGCUACAAUGUACCUGGGUAUAUAGUACCUAUAUUAUCAAUAAUAUAAGAAACUGUUGUCAUUGAACUAAAAGCAGAUUAUAUUAUUACUUACACAAUUAGCCUAUCAAAGAUAUUAAUACUAUAGAAUGUCAUAAGGUUUAGUUUUUGUAAUGAUGAAUAUUUAUAAUGAAAUCUAAUUUAAUAUAACUAUGUUAAAUUACAAUAACAUAUGAUUGUAAUAACUUUUAUAAGUUAAUAAUUAGCAAUUAUGUUUAUAACACUUUAGUUUGUGAAUUACUA